CAAGGCGAGGGUGGGUGGGGGGAGAGGAAAGGAGAGAAGGAGCGAGAGCGAGGAUUUGGGCUGAGACUGCCCAGCAACGUUCCUUUAACCCCCCCGCCCCGCACCAUCUCCGAGUCGAUCGAGGUUCGUCGCCACUCCACAGUCCGCUCGCACUACCGUCCGACGCGCCGAGCCACCGCCAGCAUCAGCACAGAGUCGGGUGAACGAAGCCGGGGGUCCGUGAACGCCCAGUCGGUUAGUGCGUGAGUGCGCGCCUUGCAGACAAUAGACCCAGAUAGACGCAGAGAGACAGACGGGAGUAGACAAUCAAUACCGUGCACGACUGCUGCUGCUGCUGCUGCACAGGGCGGAGCCGAUCGGUCCACGACAACCACCAGAGCAAGAAGCACGGUGAGCAGGCGAGCGAGGGAACCAUGACGGACAGCAUGGACGACUGGGAACGCAGGCGGGAAGAGCGCCGGCAGAAACGCGAGGACAUGAGACGCGAGACCGAGCGGAUGAUCAACCUGCGCAGCUGCGAGGACGAGGAGGAGGCGGCCACGGAGCGGCGGCGCCGCGCGCGCGAGGAGCGCCUCCGCUCGGGCACCGCCCCCGCCGCCCAGGAGACGCCCGGCGACGCGCCCGUCAACAACGUCAGGCAGGAGACGAAUGCGAAGAUCGACGGCCGUAGCGGCGGCGGCGGUGGCGGCGACGACGACGGCGACGAGGCCGAGCACGCCGAGCGUCUGCGUCGUCGCGAGGAGCGACGUCAGAAGCGCCAGCAGCAGCAGCCGGAGGAAGAGGAAGAGGAGGAAGCGGCGGCGGCGGCAGCGGCGGCAGCGGCGCGGGAGGAGGAGGCCGAGCGCGAGCGGGAACGGGAGGAGAGGGAGCGGGAACGGGAGAAGGUGAGGGAGCGGGAAAGGAGGGAGCAGGAGCUGGAGCUGCAGCGCCAGCAGGAAGAGGAGGAGGAGCGGCGUGAGAUGGAGAGACGCCUCCGCCAAGAGGAGGAGGAGGAGGAGCGGAAGAAGGCUCUGGAGUACGAGAAGGAGGAGGAUGAUUAUGAUGAGAAAAAAGAUGAAGACAGCCGCUCAUGGGGGAAGUCGAGCCGUGCCAACGGGCGCUCGCGGGGCCUGGGUGACGACGACGAUGACGACGACGAAGUGGACGACGACGAGGAGGAAGAGCGACGGAGGCAGCAGCAGCAGGAGGAGGAAGAGGAGAGAGCUGCACGAGAGGAGGAGGAGGAUAAGCAGAGAAGGCGCGAGGAGGCGGAGCGGCAGAGGUUGGCGGACGACAAGCGGCGGAAGAUAUCGGCCCUCGCCGAGACGUCUCCCGGCGAUGCGGACGAGUCGUUCGGCGGCCUCCUGCCCCGUGCCAGCGGAAAGCUGAGCGAGAUGACCGAGUCUCUGAGCCGCUCGGUGCAAAGGAGCGGGAGUUUCAAGGCCAAGCAGCCACAGCUCGAGAUUUGCAAGAUCGACAGCAAACUGGAGCUGUACACUUCGGCCGCCGAGAGCGCGGCAAAGGCAGCGAAGCCGCCUAAGCAGGGCGUCCCCGACCUGCCCGUCGCCGUGGACACCAUCGCCAACAAGAAGAACAUGUGGGAGACAGGCGACGUCUACAGCGGCGUGGCCGCCCCAAAGGGGUCCUCCAACAAGGAGCUGGCGGUCAUCAAGGUGGGCGUGGCCAAUCGCAUCAGCCAGUGGGGCACCAAGUCGCCCGACGUGGCCGACAGCAAGGUUCCGGCUCAGCCCGCGAAGCCCACGGAUCUACGCCCCGUGGACAUCCUGAGCAAGCGCAGCAUGUGGGAGCACAUGUCGGACGCUCCGGCCUCCGAGCGUGACAAGUCUGCGCUCAACAAGUCCACGCCCAGCGGGAAGCGAUACAAGUUCAUCAUCACAGGGCACGGCAAAUACGAGAAGGUUCCCAUCGAGGAGGGAGAGGACUGCGAGAACGGUUUGGAGCAAUACGUGAAUGAAGUCUGAAAGAUCUUCUAACUGCGCAACAUCUCCCACGCCAGCAAUUUCAUUUUUGUAUUUAUAAUUUUUUUUUAAGGAAAACAAAAAAAAAUAUCAUUUAUAUAAUGGCUUUAAACAGAAAUGUAUGUUACCCGCAGUUUAUUUAAUAGCUAUAUAUUCCGUUUCGUUAUUCCUCAAAAGGAUGAGCACUGGUAAAAACGAGGGCUUCUGGAUGUGCCCUCGCAGGAGUUUCUUAAAGUAACAAAAACCCAAACGUAAUGGGGCAAACGCUCAAAACGUUCGCAUACUUGCGCGAUUUCACAUUCAAGCGAAGCAGAUCUGGCGGCAAGCCACGCACAUUGUAUUCGUCGACUCACAUUUGGCAAGCGGGUUUUGUUUUUGUGCGCGUGCUUAAAAAAAAAUCACGUUUCUGAAUCACGUGCGAGCUUGUUAACGCUUUGCGACCCAAAAACGAUUGUAAAUUAGUCGACGCGUUAAUUCCUCGACGUUUUGUCCAAAGUAAAAUUAUAAUUUUCAGCUAUCGAUAAUAACGCGACGGGCACUCGCGGCAAAAGCCCGGGUGAACAUUUCCCAGUGCUCAUCCAUAUUCCUACUGAGCUUUUACUUGCUUAUCGUUGACAUUGGAGAGGAAGAAAGGAGAGAGAGGGAUAGGAGGGCGUAGGCAGAGGAGAGAGAGAGGGGGGGGCGGCACGAGUGCUUGAUAAACGAGAGGACUUCUGUCGGACGCUGGAAGGAUUUGACGAUGGCGGCGGUGACGACUCUUGAGCGACGCUCGCUCGACGGCCGCGUGAGUUUUUUUGUUUGUUUUGCGGUCGCUCUCGCACGACGGACGUUUCGCUGCGCUUGCGCGGCACGAGCUCUGUCGAUUUUCAUUCCCGGCACGUGGAGGACAAACGUUGAGAGACAUCGCGCCGGAUGGGGGCGCGCAGCACAACUCAUCCGCCCCCCCCCCCCCGAAACGCCCACGAGGGUGGUGGGGGGGGGGGGGUGCGAGAGCUUAGACUCGGCACGCACGCACGGAGCCGCGGCGUGCCACGGGGUCGAUAGGAAACCCCACGUGAGCACAAACGUCAUUUGCCAAAGAGCCCCCCCCCCCUCCCGCCACCUGCCCCGCAAUAUUUAGCGAUCAUGAGACUUUGCAAAAAAAUAAGCAAUCUACGCCCACCGCCACCGCAUUGCCCAUUAUAAUUUCGUCAGUUUAGCACGUAGGAGGAGGCUUUCGCGACCAAUAUCAUCCAUAAUAGAGGGUUUUUAUGGGUUAGAUUGCGUAAAUAUGAAUGUGUCAUUAAACCCGCCACCACCGGACAGCCAAUUAGUAAGGUUUGUCUCGGAAACAGAACGUGCCAUUUACAAUCGGAGUACGACGCUUCGCCAGUAAUUACAACCGGCAUCAUCAGGUGGCAGCCAGAUUUGUGGAAUCUUGUCGCAGCCAGCUUCGCUUGUUUGCACGAGGAUCGUACAGAAACGAUGGGGGGGAGGGUGCAGAGGGGCCUCCCAGCCCCCCUCCCACCCCCCUCCCACCGAUAUUGGGUUUUAUUGAUAUCUCAUCGCUCGACAGGAAACAGAAACGGGGCACGAGGGACGAACAAAGGAAGUCAUUUUUUUAGAAGUGGUUGUGCAAUGGUGCAUUGUGGGCUUUUGCGAGAUCGCAUGCUCGGGGCUAUUUUGAAAGACCUCGAGUAGCACCCACUGGACAAGGGGGAGGGGCUGCGUUUCUGCUGGCCCUUCCCAUUGGACAAUUUCUAGCUCCCUAAAAUGGAAUUGGGGAUACAAACGGAGGGUCGCAGACGUCAUGUAAAGGAGAUGGGUUUUCUUACUUUGCACACACAGGGUUAGGGAUCGUGCAGAGAGGUGCUCGCAUCAUCCUCCUGUACGGAAACUUUAUCAAGGACGAGAGAGGACGUGCAAGGCUCAAAAACCUCUAAGGAGAUUGACGAGAGAUGGGAAAUCGCAGACGCUGACGGGCUAGAGCCAAGAGGUGGGCAAAGUUGCAAGUUGGUCAUGGGUUGGAGCUGCCGGCGUGCGCCAGCCUAUAUCACUGUGGCGUUUAGGUGGCAGAGAGCAAGAUGGCACAACGAAUCGUGACCACAAUCUUUAUUUAUCCUCGAGAUAUCCGAUUAGCUAUAAAGCUAUUUUUCACUGGCGAAUGCCGCAACACCACCAGACAAAUGUGAAUCUUCACGCCUCUGCUCAACCCGUGGAUAUGUAUACCUGGCCAGACUUGUCCUUGGUGUGAAGUCAGCUUGGUGGAGCCAACAAUUUGGUUCCUGUUGAAAUUACAAGUUAUCUGAUACGUGACUCAUAUUCGUGUGCCACCCAUGAGAUUCGUGCCCCAUGGCGCAUUUUUAAUUGAGUAAUCUUUACUCUUAAAAUGUUAGCGCCCGUCACAGCAUACGAGGGGCUGGGUGGCCAGCACCACGUCCGGCCGCUUUUGUCUCCCUGGUGGCGAUGUAUACGCGUCGCCACCACGUACUCAUUUGAGACCGAGUAGACCUAGGGGAGGCCCAGAACUGGUUCAGAUGAUCAUUACUGGCGUUGGCACACGAGGACAGGUGAGCUGUGGGUUACCUGGUAAGAGCAGGAAAAUUGCAACGGCGUUGUUGGUUGUGGCCUCGCUGGGUUGCAGCCAGCCUCUUUCGGCGCAUGCAGGAAGAGAGGAAAGAGAGAGCGUGGGGGAAAGAGAGAAAGUGUCGAGAUUGGCCCGAGAGAAGGGUGGCGCUUGUAGUUGCAUUAUCUAGGGAGGUAGGUACGUCGCUUAGUUUUUUUUUAAAGGGGGCACAUGUAUCACGCAUCAUAUGUUAAUGGCGAGAGAAAAAAAUUAAACAAUACGGCAACGUAAUCCGAUAACAGUGUAACGUUUAGCGGUAGUCGUAGUGGCACAAAAACAAAAAAAUACAAAAAUAUAAAACUGCUUGUAUUACUACACACACACGCGCGCGCAGCGCAAGUACGAUUUGUAUCCUGUGCCUAUGUAUCACAGCGUACGCGUGCUGCGACAAAUAGAUCCUUUUUUUUCUUAAAACCACGCUUAUUUAUUUCCAAUAGAAUAUCUUCACCAAAGUGCAUAAAAAAGAAUAUAGACAUGAAUAAUAAUACAGAAAAAAACUUCCGUAAACAAUUAGGCGAUUAAGAAUUGUUUAAACGUCUGCACUUUUUUUUUAUUUUCGCAAACGGCAAAAGUGUUUGGGAGAGAUUGUUUCCGCUUGCUACACUGCGCAUUAGUUCACCGCCCAUCUGUUGUUCGAUGUCCGGAGGGCAGGGGGGGGGCAGAGGGGGGGAGCAGAGGGGUCCCCCAAGGCUGUGAAAUUGUGGAGCGGCAUCACCGUCGUCCCAUUGGCUGCCUGCCACAGGCGAGAAGCGCCGAGACUUUCGGGCGCCGUGAGGCUUCGUGUGGGGUGGGAGGCUAUCACGGGGCUUGUAACGGGCUUAGACCCCCCCUCUCGCAAACCAAUUUACCAGCAUGUAUUCAUCACACUCUGCAGCGGUGUUUAUCCGGAUUCGAAUUCAACGACGUCGAUUUCUCGUCUAGAUGACGGUCGGCGUUCGUUGCGUGUUCGGGUGACGCGAAGUCGAAGCGCCGCUCGCCAUCCAGAGCGGUGGUGGUGCCAGGGGUUGCUGCCGGAGCGUGGCUGGCAUGGGGCCCCCUGCUACUGCUGCUGCUGCUGCUGGAUUGUACCUGGGCCCACCUGUCCAACCCCCCCCCCCCUCCUCAUUAUAGCCACAUGGGGCUCCCUCCAACCCUGACCCCCCACCCCGAAUCGCCACUUACGUCCAGCUCUGAACAGCGGUGCCAGCCCGCACAGGACCUAAUUAUACCGAACACGGCUCAUCCUGUCGCUCAUCCUAACCUCUUGGCGCCGGUGAGAGAAGCCUUUUGCAGCUAAUCGCCGCAAAUCCUCCAGAUGCGGGUGUCUGUGAGCGAUGGAUUCUUAGCGACGACGCCUCGUCGUGACGUCGCAUCGACUCGUCGAUUGAAAUCGAGUCUCGAAAUCCAGCAGCGGAUCUGAGCUGCGGCUGUGUCAAAAUGAUGCUAGUUUUGUAGAGUUUCUUGGAGACUCUGAAGUGAUGCCACAACAGGUCAAAGUUAGCGAUCAGUCUGGUGAUACUCGCUGCACUGGGUUAAUCGAAAUACCUGCGAUAGUCAGGGCUUGCGAUAGUCAGGGCUUACUAUAGGCGUGCGAUGGGGUGGGUCUUGCACCACGCUUCCCACACCCCCCAUCCAAGUCCGCUCUCCCUUAGCGGUGAAUCACUGUCCCUGUGGCUGCCUGCAGCAACAGUAUCCAAUCUAAACCCCACACCUCCAACUGAGAUGAGCUGGAGCAGUGGCCCAGCGAUAGCCCGGUCAACAUUCCAACUGUUUUGUUUUAGCGUAGUCACCUUAAUGCGACGAGGAAUGUGAUGUCACCCCUUAAAUCAAAGUUACGAUGAAAUAAAUCUUGGCUUACAAUGAAAUAUUGGCAAUAAAUCGUUGCACUGGCUUCAUCGAUGUACCCGCCCCCCCAAAAAAGACCCAAAUUAACAUUUAAAAUGGACCACCGCCUAAGUUACAUUUACAACGACAACACGGUGACAUCUUCAGAACUUACACGUGUGAAAAUAUAGUUGCAUCGCUUUCAAUUUUUGUUUGGUGGGGGUGGGGUGGUUUCGAAUAACCAUUAUCUUAAACGUCAGUUAUAUCCAUUCGUUGUCGUUGUGGCGACCCAACACCCCCAGGGUGAACGACCGAAAGGAAAGCCCACGGAUGCCGUCGCAAAUGCACGCGGCAAAUGGCCCGGGAACUUUCCGGGUUUUUAUUUUUUCGAGUGUUGUUGUCGCUUCGAUCGCAUUAUAUAGUUGGCGGUCAAUCCCUAAUACGCUUCAUAUUUUUCUUUUGCUUCUUUUUCGUACACAUUUUCAAUAAAAAACCAAGCUGAGAAAACG